CGGAAGCGGCGAGUCUCCAUGGCGGCGGCGGCUACGGCGGCGGCGGCGGCGGCGGGGCCGGUGUUCUGGAGGCGGCUGCUGGGCCUCCUGCCUGGCCGCCCUGGGCUGGCCGCUCUCCUGGGGCGCCUGUCCGACCGACUCGGCAGGAACCGGGACCGCCGGCGCAGGAGGCCACCAUGGCUGUUGUUGGCGCCUCUGCUGUCUCCAGCUGUCCCCCAUGUCACCUCGCCUCCUUGCUGCCUGUGUCCGGAGGGUGUGCAUCGCUUCCAGUGGAUCAGAAACCUGGUUCCAGAGUUCGGAGUCUCCAGCUCUCACGUCAGGGUGCUUUCUUCACCUGCAGAGUUUUUUGAGCUCAUGAAGGGGCAGAUAAAAGUAGCCAAGAGGCGGGUCGUGAUGGCGUCCCUCUACCUGGGGACAGGUCCUUUGGAACAGGAACUGGUGGAUUGCCUGGAAAGCACUCUAGAAAAGUCACUCCAGACGAAGUUUCCUUCCGACCUCAGGGUGUCCAUUCUCUUAGACUUCACGCGGGGCUCAAGAGGAAGGAAAAACUCUCGCACGAUGCUGCUCCCACUCCUGCAGAGGUUUCCAGAACAGGUCCGAGUGUCUCUCUUCCACACGCCUAACCUCCGUGGGCUCCUCCGGCUCCUCAUCCCCGAGCGCUUCAACGAGACCAUCGGCCUGCAGCACAUCAAGGUGUACCUCUUCGACAACAGCGUCAUCCUGAGCGGCGCAAACCUGAGUGACUCCUACUUCACCAACCGGCAGGACCGCUACGUGUUCUUGCAGGACUGUCCUGAGAUUGCGGACUUCUUCACGGAGCUGGUGGACGCGGUGGGGGACGUGUCUCUGCAGUUGCAGGGGGACAACACAGUGCAGGUGGUGGAGGGGAUGGUGCAUCCUUACAAAGGUGACCGGGCUGCGUAUUGCAAGGCAGCCAAUAAGAGGGUUAUGGAUGUGAUCAACUCAGCCAGGACCCGCCAGCAGAUGCUGCAUGCCCAGACCUUCCACAGCAACUCCCUCUUAACCCAGGAAGAUGCAGCCGCCGCUGGAGACCAGAGGCCAGCCCCAGACACCUGGAUUUACCCAUUGAUCCAGAUGAAGCCCUUUGAGAUUCAGAUCGAUGAGAUUGUCACUGAGACCCUGCUGACAGAGGCCGAGCGAGGCGCUAAGGUCUACCUUACCACUGGCUACUUCAACCUGACCCAGGCCUACAUGGACCUGGUCUUGGGCACGCGAGCCGAGUACCAGAUCCUGCUGGCCUCGCCGGAGGUGAACGGCUUCUUCGGGGCCAAGGGGGUGGCAGGUGCCAUCCCGGCUGCCUACGUGCAUAUUGAGCGGCAGUUCUACAGUGAGGUGUGCAGCCUGGGGCAGCAGGAGCGGGUCCAGCUGCAGGAGUACUGGCGGAGGGGCUGGACGUUUCAUGCCAAAGGCCUCUGGCUGUACCUGGCAGGGAGCAGCCUGCCCUGCCUCACGUUGAUUGGCUCUCCUAAUUUUGGGUACAGGUCAGUUCACCGGGACCUGGAGGCCCAGAUCGCCAUCGUGACGGAGAGCCGGGCCCUGCAGCAGCAGCUUCACCAGGAGCAGGCGCAGCUCUACCUGAGGUCUGGUGCGGUGUCCUCUGCCACCUUUGAGCAGCCGAGCCGGCAGGUGAAGCUGUGGGUGAAGAUGGUGACUCCGCUGAUUAAGAACUUCUUCUGAGGACAGCAGGUUAAAGGUCCAGACGUAGGUGGGGCCGCGGAUGCGUGUUUUGUACACGGGACACUCAUAGAUGUUCUUGGUCUCCAUGCGGUCCACAGGGAUGGCCUUGAUGAAGAUGACGGGCAUGGCCGGCGUCAGCUCUUUCAGCCGCGCGUCGGCGAUGACUCCCAGCUGGGUGUCCCAGCGAGCUCCUGCAGGGACAGCACAGCCAAGGGUCAGGGUGGCCCCGGGUGAGGUGGCUGGUUCCCGGUUCCCGUCUGUCGUGCUGGCAGUGGGGGAGGGGAGGGGCCUGGCUUGCACCUAUCUGUAGAGAUAGGCCAGGUGCCAGGGCCUGGACUGCACAGGAAUUGCUGCAGGGGGGGCUGUAGGCAGAGGACGGGGUGGGGGUCGUGUGCACGGCGUGACUGCCUGUGUGUCUCGCUGUGCACCUCUGAGGGACAGAUCGGCCCUAAAGCGCUGGGCUCCAUUGUCUACGUGCGGUGGUUUCAGAGCCUCAUGUGUCAGCCUUCUUCGUUUCAAUGGCAGGAAAUCAUAACUCCAGCUGAAAAUGACAGACUAAACUCCCUGCUUCCCUCCCUCUGUAGCGACUGUCCUAUGUGCACCUGCACAGUACAAAUAUGUAUAUGCACAUACAACUGUCCUGCCUUGAACCAGACUUAUUUCUACUCACCCUAUUUAACGAUGCUUAGAUUUCCUGUCUGUAAUUCCAAAAUAAACACGGAGAAUGGUU